UCUUUUCUCUUCUUCUUGAUUCAAUCUUUUCCAUCAAUCGAUGCUUAAACUCCAGGGGAUUUCGUAACUUCCCUUCACCACCGUGCCUAUGAAAAGACCCCCGCAGCAAGAAACCUAGAAUUGGAAAAGAGGAGCAAGAGAAAGAGCAUAGGUAUGGCGGCGCGGCAGGGGAUCGACAGGCAGAGGGAGGGGGCGGAGGUUUACCACGGGGUGGAGCUGUGCAAGAAGAAAUCGUUGGAGCUGCUUGGGGAGAUCCACCUGCCCAAGGGGCUGCUGCCGCUGAGCGGGCUGGAGGAGGUGGGGUACAACCGGGCGACGGGGUUCGUGUGGAUGAAGCAGAGGAAGGGGAGCCAGCACGUGUUCAAGAAGAUCGGGAGGACGGUGUCGUACGCGACGGAGGUGACGGCCUUCGUGGAGGACUGGCGGAUGAAGCGGGUGACCGGGGUCAAGACCAAGGAGCUUCUCAUCUGGGUCUCCCUCUCCGACAUGUACAUCGACGAUGGCGAUCACACCAAGAUCACCUUCAAGACCACCACCGGGAUCGGGAGAUCAUACCCUGUCGCCGCCUUCGAGGACGAGGAGGAGGAGGAGGCGAAGAAGUGAGGACCGGAGAGGCAGUUUCGUUAUCUCAGGAGUAAAGUAUGAUCUUGUACUAUGGACUCAUAUAUGGAUGUUGUCUUUAUUUCGCAUCUCUCUUCCGUUCUCAACAAUAAUAUGGUAACAGGGUUCUCGGGAUUUCUGAGAGUUAAAAAAUACGUUCAAAUGAUGUUUUCUGUUGCGAUUAACUUCCUCAUCGUCUAUCAUCGGAAGACGAAUACCUGUAAAAUAAAAUUUAUAUUGAUUAAAAUUAUUUUUGACGGAGA